ACUUUUUAAAUAAGGAAGGAAGUGGAUGUUCAUAGUUGAUUGUAAUUACUAAAUAUGUAAUUAAAUAUCGAUGAGAUUGUAUUCACUGCAAUAUGACCAUAUUCGAGUAUAUAUCAACCCUUUCUGAUAACCCAUAUUUUGGUGCGGGAUUUGGGCUGUUCGGUUUGGGUGCUGGUGCUGCAUUACUGAGGAGGGGAUUUCAGACUUCCCUAAUUUUGUUUCGAAGACAUUAUAUGAUAACAUUAGAAGUACCUUGUAGGGAUAAAUCAUACCAGUGGCUAUUACAGUGGAUGACUAUAAAAGGUGCAAGACAAACUCAGCAUUUAAGUGUUGAAACUAGUUUCGAGCAAAAAGAAACUGGCCAUGUUAAAACCAAAUAUGAUUUCAUUCCAAGUAUUGGUACGCAUUUUUUUAAAUAUGGUUCUACAUGGAUAAGAGUAGAGAGAACAAGAGAACAACAUACGCUUGAUCUGCAUAUGGGAAUUCCUUGGGAAACAGUCACUCUAACAGCUUUCGGAAGAGAUAAAUCAGUUUAUUUCAACAUUUUAGAGGAAGCUAGGCAGAUGGCCUUGAAGCAGCAUGAGGGUAAAACAUUGAUGUAUACUGGAAUGGGUAGUGAAUGGAGACAGUUCGGACAACCAAGGAGAAAGAGGCCCAUAAAAUCAGUUGUUUUAGAUAAGGGAAUCAGUGACCGGAUUCUCAAAGACUGCCAUGAAUUUAUUUCGAAUCCCUCAUGGUACACUGACAGAGGAAUUCCAUACAGAAGGGGUUAUCUCUUGUAUGGUCCUCCUGGUUGUGGAAAAUCAUCCUAUAUAACAGCAUUGGCAGGGGAAUUAGGGUUUUCGAUAUCAGUAUUGAAUUUAUCAGAACGAGGUCUAACAGAUGAUAGGUUGAACCAUCUUUUGAAUGUUGCACCACAGCAAACAAUCAUACUGUUGGAGGAUAUCGAUGCUGCUUUUGUUUCAAGAGAAGAAACUCCCCAGCAAAAAGCGGCUUAUGAAGGACUAAAUAGGGUAACUUUCAGUGGACUAUUGAAUUGUUUAGAUGGAGUGGCAAGUACAGAAGCGAGGAUAGUGUUCAUGACCACAAACUACUUGGAAAGGUUAGACCCGGCGUUAAUACGACCUGGAAGAGUUGAUUUAAAGGAGUAUAUUGGUUAUUGUUCUUCUCAUCAAAUCGAACAAAUGUUCUUGAGAUUUUAUCCUGGGGAAAAUGGUAGAAUGCAAGCCAGAGAAUUCGCCGAGAUUGUGAAAUCAUUUGGAAAACAAGUUAGUCCUGCUCAAAUCCAAGGUUUCUUUAUGUUCUACAAACAUGAAGACCCUAAAAUAGUUCUGAAGAAUUGUGAGGAUAUAUGGAAACUCUAAACUUCUAACAAUUACAAGAUUAUCUAUUUCAUGUUUUGAGAGUUGUUAUUUAUGUUGUAAAUUGUACAAUAUAAUUUAUUGAUUUUUAAAAA